ACAUUAUAUCAUUGUAUACUGAGCACAUUCCUGUCAUGAAGUCUGAAGUGGGAGCCUCUCAGUGCAGACAUCAGAGUCUUAUUGAGGAUGCUCGAAAAGAUAAUGAGGUGUCUGGACUGAUUGCACCGGAGUGCCUGGCUAUAACUAGUGGUGAUCCUAAUGAAGGCAGCAACAUCCUCAAUAUUAUUUUUACUAUCAAGAACCCCAGCAGCUCUCCACUUCCCACCAUCCUCAAGGUGUUAGAGAAACACGAGGCUCUCAUCUAUCACAUAGAGACCAGACCUGUUGGGAGGUUUAAGAAGAAAGUAGAAGAUCUGGAGUGUUUUGUGAAAUGCGCCAUUCACAACUCUUCUAUCAACAUUCUAAUAACGUCCUUAAAGCGAGUGACAUGUGAAGUGAAAGUAGCCAGAAAUAAAACGUUGCCUUCAUUUCCAAGAAGAGUCCAGGACCUAAACAAGAGCCAGAACCUAAUGGUUACAUUUGAACCAAAUUUUGAUCGAGAUCAUCCUGGAUACGGGGACCAGGAGUACAAGAAACGAAGAGUAUAUUUUGCAGAGCUGGCUUAUAUGUAUAGAGAUGGAGAUGCUUUGCCAAGAGUUGAAUACACAGCUGAAGAAACCGCCACUUGGAGUCAAGUCUACAAAUCUCUCAGCAGCCUCUACCCAAGUUAUGCUUGCAAGCAAUACUUAGAAGCUUUUCAACAGCUGGAAAAAUACUGUGGAUUUACAGAAAAUUCUAUACCUCAGCUUCAGGACGUGUCCGAUUUUUUAAAAGAAAAAACAGGGUUUAAACUGAGACCUGCCAUCAGUUUGCUCUCUGCUCGAGAUUUCCUGGCAUGUCUAGCUUUCCGAGUAUUUCCAAGUACCCAAUACCUGAGACAUCCCUCAGCUGCCAUGCAUUCACCAGAACCUGACUGCUGCCACGAGCUCCUGGGCCACAUCCCGAUGCUCGCUGAUAAAGAAUUUGCCCAGUUCUCACAGGAUAUUGGCCUUGCAUCACUAGGAGCAUCUGAUAAAGAUAUUGAAAAAUUGUCUACUCUGUAUUGGUUCACCAUUGAAUUUGGACUCUGCAAGCAGAAUGGUUCUGUCAAAGCCUAUGGAGCCGGCCUGCUAUCAUCUUAUGGGGAGCUUGUGUAUGCAUUAUCAAAUAAGCCUGAGCUUAAGCCCUUCGACCCAGAAGUUACUGCAGUCCAACCAUAUGAGGACAAUUCCUUUCAGCCUGUAUAUUUUGUUUCAGAAAGCUUGGAAGACUCCAAAGACAAACUACGGCAAUAUGCUGUGAAGAUGAAGAAGCCAUUUUAUCUGCGUUAUGAUCCAUUAACUUGCAGCAUUGAAGUGCUAGACUCUUUCCAGAAAGUCAGGACUGCGCUCGGUCAGAUAAAAGAUGAACUGCAGAGUCUGUGUUCGGCACUGGACAAAAUGAGCUAGUACUAAAUAAUAUAUAAACCAGGGGUAGGACAGUACAUUGCCAGGCCACAUAGCAAAAUUUAGGA